GCAAAGGAGGCACGGUAGUGCGCACGCGCAGCACCCAUUCUCCUUUCGCUUAGCUCCCAACUGGCGCCGCUUAGGUCCGGAACCUCCUUGAAGGCGGGGCUGGAUUCCAGUCCUGACCAAUGGCGCCCAGGGUGAGGGUUGAGGGGUGGAAGGUGUCCGCUAGCUAGUCGUGGAGGUUUGUUCCAGUGGUAGUGCCCGGCUGUCUGCUCGACAUGGAGUCAGUUUUGACGGAGGAGCUUGAUGAGGAAGAACAGCUGGUUAGAAGGCAUCGGAAAGAAAAGAAGGAGUUGCAAGCCAAAAUUCAGGGUAUGAAGAAUGCUGUUCCCAAGAAUGACAAAAAGAGGAGGAAGCAACUCAUUGAAGAUGUUGCUAAAUUAGAAGCAGAAAUGGAACAAAAACAUAGAGAGGAAUUAGAGCAAUUGAAGCUGACUUCUAAGGAGAAUAAGAUAGAUUCUGUUGCUGUUAAUAUUUCAAACUUGGUUCUUGAGAGUCAGCAGCCUCGGAUAUCAAAAGCCCAAAAGAGACGGGAAAAAAAAGCUGCAUUGGAAAAGCAACGGGAAGAAAGGAUAGCUGAAGCUGAAAUUCAGAACUUAUCUGGAGCCAGACAUGUAGAAAGUCAAAAACUUGCUCAAAUAUUGGCAGCUAGACAGUUGGAAAUUAAACAGAUUCCAUCUGAUGGCCACUGUAUGUAUAGAGCCAUUGAAGAUCAACUGAAGGAACAGGAUUGCACUCUGACUGUGGCUGCCUUAAGAAGUCAAACUUCUAAAUACAUGCAAAGCCAUGUGGAAGACUUUCUGCCAUUUUUAACAAACCCAAAUACAGGAGAUAUAUAUACUCCAGAAGAGUUUGGAAAGUACUGUAAUGAUGUUGUAAACACAGCUGCAUGGGGAGGGCAGCUUGAGCUAAGAGCACUGUCUCACAUUUUACAAACACCAAUAGAAGUAAUACAGGCAGAUUCUCCUCCUAUAAUAGUUGGUGAAGAAUAUCCCAAAAAACCACUAAUACUUGUAUAUAUGAGACAUGCAUAUGGCUUAGGAGGACAUUAUAAUUCUGUUACACGGUUGAUGAACACAGCUACUGAAAAUUGCUGCUAGUUUACAAAACAUUGUACAAUUAUGUUUUAGUACAGUGUGUGAUUUGAGUAUUCAUACCAAGUGCUGGAUUAUUUCCAACAUUACUGAAAGACACAACGACCUUAAAUCAGUUUUAUGGCAAAUCUGCUAACAGGUUUUUGAGAAAUGUGUCAGAUAAACUUGAAAACCAGUGUCCCCUGAGUGGUAUUUUAAAAACUUGUGACUCCAUUGUGAAGAACAUUAUAGACCAAAAUAGUACCUGGUUCACUGACAUUUUUAUUAAUAUAGGACCUUGGACAUUCUUUUCUGUGUAGGAAUAAAGUUUAUUUUUUUUUCUUGUUUCUAAAUGCUUUCAGUAACCAUUACAAUGUAAUGUUGCUUGAAGAAAUGAAUUGGCUCAGUCUCUUUGUUCAUUGCAAUAAUGUGGUGAUGGUGAUAGCAAAUUUAAUUAAUACUUAUAAGUGAACUUGAACGCGGUAACCUUGGUAUUGAUGGGAUUAAUGCCAUGAAGAUUUUUAUAUAGCCCAAUGGAAGUGCAGCUAAGAGGCUUGCUUUAAUAAUUAAGAAUUUUAAAAUAUUUAUUGAGAUGGAAAACAGUUUAAAGAAAGUUUAAAGACAGAAGGCAGAUAUAAAGGUAGAUAGGUAUUCCCUUUCAGAUUUCAACCUCGAAAGAAUUAGCAUUUGGCCUUUUAUUUGUGUGUAACUUACAAAGAUCCAAAAAAUUACUGUGUCUUUCUAAUUUAUUAGUUAUUCCUUGCCAUUUCUAAAACUUCUUACUGAAUUUAGUACCAUCAUCUCUUGACUUUCUGCUUAACUACAAAUUUUUUUAGUCUUUGUUAUGCUCUCCUUGUCACUACUUAGCUGAUUUGCUUUCCUUGCAGUCUUUUCUACUAAGAAACAGAUUGUGGCAUUUCUUUUCUCUCCCUUGUACAAAUUGAGGAAUAGCAGUGGAAAAGGGUCCAAGGUCACAUUUACUUCAAAUUUGCCUUACAAACUCUCUUCCCUUUUGCUUCAUUCUCUAGGAUCAGAAGAAAAUCUUUGUUACUUGUUAUUUUAUUAGCCUUAUUAAUAUCAUUUUUAUUUUAACUCAAAUAUUUAAAAAGUUUUUAUUUUGCAUGUAAGGAUUAAUUUGAAAUUCACUGUUCGGGAGCUAAGACUGUUAUGGUAAAAUAAACAAUAGUUUUGGGUGUGAAUGAUUUAUUCAGCUCAGAUUUCAGAUUACUCAUAGCAGUAUUCUUUUUAAGAACAUUAUACCCGCAUAUGCAAACAUGCCUGGUAAUUUUUUAUGUAAGGAAUGAUAUAUGUCUGAAAAUGAGAACUUUUUGUUUUGACCUAUUUUUCCCAUAUUAGAAAUAUAACUAGUAAGAUUUAGCCUCAAGUUUAUAAUAUUUGAGUUUUUGCUCCAUGAAUACAAUGGAUUUUUGUAAGUAAAUAUAGGGUUUUAAUAUAUUUAAAACAGGGUGUCAGUCUCACAUGCCCAGCAGGUAACAAAUGUGGGAAGCUGCUAGGGACUGUGGUAAACUAGACCAAGCAAGUCCUGCCUGAAGGCAUUCCGGUUCAAAAGUUGAAGAAGUCUUCUGCCUGCCAAAUAAAAUAUAUUCAGACUGCUGCCUGUUUUGUAGUUCUUAAUUUGAAUGUCUUUGGGAUCUGAAUUUGUAAAAUGAUGAAACUGUAAAAUACUAAACGCCUUGAUUCUUUUUUGAAAUAAUGUUACUGUAAAAUUAAAAUAUAAGCAUUAAGAAGUAAUAUAAACAUGAUGUCAUGAAACCUAGUUAUUAUGAAUUUCAUUGACAUCUAAGAUUUCUAAAAUAACUUAUUGGAACUAUUUUUUUUUUUUAAUAAUAGAGUAGAAUUUUCUUGUUUAUGGGUUUACUUUUUAUUUUUAAAUGACCAAUAUGGUUAUGAAUAAGAUUUGUAUAGUUGGCUUCUGUUAUUUCAUAAAACUUCAGACAUCAUUAAACUGUAACCUAAAGUUGAAGUCUUUAAAAAAAUAGCAGAUGUUAAUUUAAAAGCAGCAUAUACUAAUUUUAGUUUGUAUGAUGAUGGCCUAAUGGAAGUUUCAUAAGCUUUCUUUUGUCCUAACUCAGAAAAGUAUCUGCCAGAUUUGUGGAAUAUGUCUUUAGUCAAGAAUUGAUCCACUUUAAUGUUUACAACUUGCAUAAAGCAAAAGAAUGUGUGUAAUUAUAGUAAGUGAUAUAGUUUUGCUCACAUUGUUUGAUGUUUGCCAAAAGAAUAAAUGAUGAAUUAAAUCAA